AUGGAUGAGGUGUCAGCGCUGGGCAUUCUGCGGCGGGACAGCUACUUUCAGCUCAUGCAGCAGCAGGCAGCCAUCAUGGCAGCCAGUCACGGAGGUUACCUCACACCCAGCGUGGCGUUCCCAGCCACACAUAUCCACCAGAUGGGGGCGCUUAACAUCAACAGCCUGCCACCCACCCCCAUGACCCCGGUGUCGGGUGAGUUUCAUCAAGCCCUGGGUUUGAGUUCUCCACCUGCCAACAUCACCACUUCAGGCGUCCCCAGCAUCGUCACGCCCCUCGUUAACGGCUUCACGGGGAUCCCUCACCAGCCCAACGGUCACCCGGCCGUGGAGGCGGUCUAUACCAACGGCUUGCCCCCCUACUCCACCCAGAGCCCCACCGCGGCUGACACGCUGCAGCAGGCUUUCACCGGGGUCCAGCAAUACACAGCCAUCUACCCGGCCACCACGCUGACUCCCAUCGGCCAGACACUGCCCCAGCCACCCCAGGUCAUCCAGCAGCAGCAGCAGCGAGAAGGUCCAGAGGGCUGUAACCUCUUCAUCUACCACCUGCCCCAGGAGUUUGGAGACAACGAGCUCAUGCAGAUGUUCCUGCCCUUUGGUACCGUCAUCUCCUCCAAGGUGUUCAUGGACCGGGCCACCAACCAGAGCAAGUGCUUUGGCUUUGUGAGCUUCGACAACCCUGCUAGUGCACAGGCAGCUAUUCAAGCCAUGAACGGCUUUCAGAUUGGGAUGAAGCGGUUGAAAGUCCAGCUAAAGAGACCGAAAGACGCCAGCCGCCCUUACUGA